AUGGUCGCAGCGUUCACCAGCGAACUGGACAGGAUCGCACCGAAGUUCGAAAUCCAAGGGUCGCAGAUCCACAUCCUACGCACGCCGUCUGAAUUCUACGAGACAUUGAAGUCCAAGAUACUUGCUGCGGAAAGGCAUAUUUUUCUGUCUACGUUGUACAUAGGAAAAACAGAACAUGAAUUUAUUUCAACACUGCAAGCCGCUCUAAGAGCCAAGCCACAUCUGAAAUUGAGUAUCUUGACAGAUGCUCUGAGAGGGACACGGGAGUCUCCAGACCCAUCAUGCGCGUCUCUACUUGCUCCACUGGUUGCGGAGUUUGGUACGGAGAGGGUGGAAAUUCGAAUGUACCAUACGCCGAAUUUAACGGGACUACGGAAGAAGCAUAUCCCAAGACGAAUCAACGAGGGAUGGGGAUUACAGCACAUGAAGCUUUAUGGGGUAGAUGAUGAAGUUAUAAUAUCUGGUGCCAACCUCUCGACCGAUUACUUCACCAACCGACAAGAUAGGUACCAUGUGUUCUCCUCAAAAGAGAUCACAGAAUACUUCUUCAAUAUCCAUAAUGCGGUGUCGAAACUCAGCUUUUUAGUGAUCCCAGAGAAGCAGAUACCUGCAGGCUACACCCUGGACUGGCCAUCCACCAACCUCGCCCCAUCCCCUCUCUCUGAUCCCACAAAAUACAUUACCCGCUCGACCUCUAUCCUCGCCCCUCUGGUCCAAUCCGCCUCCCCUGAUUCUAAAAGCAUCGUCUCCAAGGGAAAGACAAACACAACCGUCUAUCCCCUCUCCCAACUGACCCCCCUCCUAGAACCAGACACCUCCACGGAACUCCCUUUAAUCCAGUCUAUCCUCCGGACCCUCUCCCAACCCGCCUACAACAACUCAUCCUGGACCUUCACAGCCGGCUACUUCAACCCUCAUCCAUCGCUAACCCCUCUCCUCCUCUCCACCGCCUCGAGCAACAACACCGUAAUAACCGCCUCCCCGUUCGCAAACGGUUUCUACGGCAGCAAGGGCGUAUCUGGUCUGCUCCCCGCAGCCUACACACUCCUCUCUAGGCGGUUCCUCGAAGCGGCCGCUAAAGCCAAUCGCACAAACGAUAUAUCCCUUCGAGAAUGGCGCCGAGGCACCGUAGGCGAGAAAGACGGAUGGACGUACCAUGCCAAGGGGAUGUGGGUGAGCUUGAAUGGCGAGAAAGAGCCGAGCAUCAGUAUUGUCGGGAGCAGCAAUUACACCAAGCGAAGCUACGGAUUAGAUUUGGAGGUGGGAACUUGCAUUGUUACGAAGGAUGAGGGGUUGAAGGCGAGGUUGAGGGAAGAGAGGGAUGGGCUGCAGGAUCACGCGCGGGUGGUGGGCAUGGAUGAGUUUGUGAAGAUGGAGAGAAGGGUCGGGAUUAAUGUUAGGAUUGCGAUGUGGAUUGUGCAGAUGGUUGGAGGCGCCUUGUGA